AUAGCUGCCAGAACAGUUUACUAAAACUCGACCUCACAUCAGCUCGUCGGUCAUAUUAUUACUGAUCAAGUUCUGAACAGCUUGUCUUUACAUAUUUGUGGACCGAAACCUGAAGAUGUCUAACAGAUUGUGGUUCUGUUUGUGUUUAUGGCGUCUGGUUGGUGUGUUUGGUGGAGAAAUAAAGUUUGUGAAAAUUGGAGAAUCAGUGACUCUAAACUCUGAUCUUACUGAAAUGAUGGAUGAUGAUGAGAUUCAGUGGAGGUUUAAAAAUACUUUAAUCGCUGAAAUCAAUGCAACAGCUGACAUCAUGGCUGUAUAUGAUGAUGUUCUUGACGGGAGAUUCAGAGACAGACUGAAGAUGAACGAUCAAACUGGAUCUCUGACCAUCACUAACAUCACAAGGAGACAUGCUGGAGAUUAUGAACUAGAGAUCAACAAUAUGAGCAAGGUUUUCUUUCUCCGUGUCUAUGAUGAAAUCCCACUGAAGGAGGGAGAAUCAGUCACUCUAAACACUCAUCUUACUCAAAUAAUGGAUGAUGAUCGGAUUCAGUGGAGGUUUGGAUUUGACUCUGUACUAGCUUACAUUUAUAGACAGGGCUCUAGAACCAUGACUGUAUAUGAUGAUGUUCUUGACGGGAGAUUCAGAGACAGACUGAAGAUGGACGAUCAAACCGGAUCUCUGACCAUCAUGAACACCACAAUGAAACAUAUGAUAUAUCAGUGA